UGUCAGCCUGGAAAGCAUACAAAGCACUUUUAACAAAAAGAGAAAAUUUAGUGAAAGCAAUGCAAGAUCCAAGAGUAAAAACAACUAUUAGCUCAAAUGGCUUCUCCUGCGCCACCUCUUGGACCAGCGCUUGGGCAAAGAGGUGUUAACGUUGGGAAUUUUUGCAAAGAAUUUAAUACUGUGACUGAAAGCAUUAAAAACGCCACAAUUUUGCCUGUUACUGUCCAUGUAAAACCUGACAGAACAUAUGAAAUUGAGAUAGAAACUCCUACAACAAAAUGGUUGUUAAUGCAGGCGGCUGGAAUUCGAAGAGAAAAACAGGAAGACGGCGAGAUUACCGGAAAACUUUCUGUAAAACACAUUUAUGAAAUUGCAAAAAUUAAAUCGACUGAUAAAGCUAUGAUUGGUGUUCCAUUAAAGGAAAUUUGCCAACUAGUUAUUGAAAGAGCUUCAGAAAUUGGAAUUAAAAUACAAUACGAGGAUUUAAACCCUGAUGAAUAUAAAGAAUUUUUGGAUAUGCGCCGCGAAGUUGUUAAACAACAAUUGGAAGAAAUUGCAAAACAAGAAGCAGCAAAACUUUUGAGAAUUUAA